AUUGGUCAGGCUGGUCUCUCGGCCUCCCAAAGUGCUCGGAUUACAGACGAAGAAUAUUUUUAAGGGCAAAAGCACAGCCGCCAAAGCUCACCCCGGAGCUUUGUCAGUCCCCACUGGGUUCCUCCAGGCCAAAGAGGUACGACCUCCGCCGCAGCAUAUAAAGUAAAUGUCCAGGAGAUGGGAAGAAACCCGCCGAUAUAGCACCCGGGUGCCCAAGCCCCCGAGAACUAGGCCGCGCCGGUACUACGCGGCGCGCCAUCGGCCAGAAAGCGGCCAGAAAGCCUGGGCCAGGGCGGGCCCACGAGCGAGCACCGUCGGGAACAAGCCGAGAGAAAGAGGAAGCGCCGGCGCCAACGGUCUCCCGUCCACCGCGGUCCCCCGAGGACUCUCCCUGCGCUUGCAAGCGCCACGCCGCCCACAGGACUGCGCUAGCGGGCCGGCGCCUCAACAGAGCGCGCCAGGGAGCCCGUCGGGAGCCAUGACGCCUGACCCGCGCCAGACCGCCGCCCGGCCAGGUCGAGGCCGUCGGUCUCUUCGAGACCCACUCACCUUUCUAGGCGACGGGGCGGAGCCCUGCACCCAGGCGAUGUACCGCUCCACGUCGGCCUUGCUGCGCCUCAUCGCGCCGCCAACCUGACUGCCGAGCCGCGUGAGACCAGCGCUCAGCCCCGCAGCAGUCGCCACUUCCAAGAGGAAAGCGCCUGGAAGUCAGUGAUGCAGGGCGUAGCCCGCGGAGGACCAUUCUGACGAACUUGCCUGCUGCGUCAUCACUGUGCGUCACAUUGGCGACGUCGGCGCUCGAGCUGCACUCGACAGGGCUCUUGGCAGCGCCCUGGGCUCUGAGGUUGUCUUGGCAACCCCGGAUCAGAUUUCGGCCGCCAGCGUCCACAGCCUAAGGCUCUAAAGAGAGCAAUCACUACACUUAUGGCUGGGAUUUUGCGCUUAGUAGUUCAGAGGCCCCCAGGCAGACUACAGACCGUGACAAAAGGUGUGGAGUCUCUUAUUUGUACAGAUUGGAUUCGUCACAAAUUCACCAGAUCAAGAAUUCCAGAAAAAGUGUUUCAGGCCUCACCUGAAGAUCAUGAAAAAUAUGGUGGGGAUCCACAGAACCCUCAUAAACUGCAUAUUGUUACCAGAAUAAAAAGUACAAGAAGACGUCCAUACUGGGAAAAAGAUAUAAUAAAGAUGCUUGGAUUAGCAAAAGCACAUACCCCUCAAGUUCACAAGAAUAUCCCUUCAGUGAAUGCAAAAUUGAAAGUGGUUAAGCAUUUGAUAAGAAUCAAGCCCUUGAAGUUGCCACAAGGACUUCCAACAGAGGAGAACAUGUCUAACACGUGCCUCAAAAGCACUGGGGAGUUAGUAGUGCAGUGGCAUCUGAAACCUGUGGAGCAGAAAGCACAUGAGUCCUAAUGCCCCAGCAGCUUCCAUGUGGAAAAUGCAAAUUGUUUUUAUUUAAA